UCUGAGAUUUAUGCUCCACUAAUAUUAAAACUAGAAGUUUAGAACCUGCUUAAGUCAGAAGACCAUUUAGUAAUAAGGCAAAGAAGAUUUUAAAAUAUGUUUAUAAAAUGCUAGCAGAUAAUAUAUUGACAGAUCUAAUACUGUUGGCUACAACAGGGACUUCUUGUCUAAUUGCCUCUGAUCUGACAAAUGUUUUCAACUCACUUGAAUAAACUUGUUUCCGGCUUAGAGAUUUCUUAGGUUUCAUUGGUCAGUCAACACUAAACACUACCUAGCACUGUGACGGGACAAAUUCACAAAUAGCUGGCGCAAGCCAAUCCAGUUCCCAUUUCUAAAAAUGUGGUAAUACAAGGAGAGAGCAUAUUUAUAAAUACUAUUUUCCAAGUCAAGGUUAUACAGUGUGACCCAGCUGUUUGCUUUCUCUGUUAGCACAAAAGCCUUCAAGUCAACAGGUGUUGUUUGUUUUGUUGCCCUCUUGGCCUCCUUCUCCCCCUCGCGCCUUGACCCACAUUCCUCUGUACUUGGAUGUGGAGGAGCAAUGUGAUCCCACUGAUGACCCUCUAGGCAUUUAAAAUUCAUCCCCAAGUCAUAUGCCUCAGAAUGAAUAAGCCUGCCAAGGCUUGCCGAGAUGUCGAGGUUGAUAGACUCGGAUGGGCAGAGAUUCAGCUGCCUCCAAGUCAUUGCCUUGUUUAUUACUUACUUUUGCUUGAGACAUAUUCUUACAGUUUACAUUUUGGAACUGUUGAACACAAUCCCUACACUAAUAGACUGCAAAGUGCAUCAUUUAAGACCACAGCAAUAAACUGCACAUCCUCUGCAGAUAUAUCAGUGCAUUACAGUAAACAAAGUAAAAAAGUAAGGACAAAAAUUGAAGAAAAUGUGACACAAUAUUCGACAAUAUGGUAAAUAAAAAUAUAACUUAGUGUCAUUUUCAGACUUUUGUUGGGUGUCUGCCUGAAGCCUCAUGAUGUCUAGAAUUUCCACUACCUAGUGAUAUAUUACACUGUAUACAGCAGCUUAUUUGGUUAUAUGAGGAAUCAUGCACUCUCACGCCACCCUCGAACAUUCACAUGCAAGAGGGGAGAGAGAGGCAGGAGACGAACAAAUAGACAACACAGCUCUUGUCUGCAGAUGAGGUAAGGUCUGCGCUGUUUCACAGUCCAGCUCUGCAAGAAGCAAGUGAUCUGCAGUCUUUUGGUUUCCUGAGGUGCAAAUGCUCUGAAAGAUUAAAGGUAGCUGUGCAGAUUAUAGGGAUACUGGACACGCUGGCAGUGGCUAAUUCCUGCCUUCAGAAGUAGUAGGAUGUAUGGAAGAGAGUGAUGGAGAAGAGAAGGAGACAAUUGUGGGACAGGAUAAGAUGGUGGGUUAAAGCAGAGGUGCGUAAUAAAGAAGAAGGAGAAGAAGAAGAAGAAGAUGGGGUGGAAGAGAAUGGUGAGGACGCUGACAGCAAGGAAGAAGAUGUGAAUGAGGAAGAAAAUGAAGCAGGAGGAAAUGAAGAUGAAGAGGAAGCGCAGGCAAAACUGGAGGUAAGGGAUGCAGAGGAAACUGAAGAGGAUAAAGGAGAAAGUGAUUCAGAAACAGGGCUUCUAAUGAAACAGGGAGAUGAGGAGGAGGAGAGGGAGACAGCUGAAGUAGAUGAAGUGGUGGAAGAAGAGAAAGAAGUAGAAAAUAACAGCGAGAUUAACCAUAGUAACGAGGUGGAUGAGACCAAGGAGAAUCAAGCAAAGAAAGCAGAGGACAUUGGAAAAGGGGAGGAAGUGGAGAGGGGCAUUAAAGAGGAAGAUAAGGAAGAAACAAAGGGAAAGGAGAAUGAGGAGGAAGAAAGGGACCGGGAGACUAUGAAGAAGGAGAAAGAAACCAAGGAACAGAAGCUUAAAGAGGAACGGGAUGAGAAUGGGGAUCUUCAGGAAGAGGAACAGCAUGAAAGAUACAACAUGGAAGAACAUUUCAGAGAAGAGAAUGCUCAAAUAAUCCAAAAGAGUACUGCAAGAAGGAAAAAGGAUGAAAAACUCACAGAGGAAGACCCCAUUAGAGAUUCAGUGGACUCAAUAAUGAAUGAAGAUUCUGAUUUCACAGUUUCUGAGGAUAAAUAUUUUAACAAACACAGAAAUGAAGAUAUCGUCUCUGAAACUCAGACUACUCUGGAGUGGAAUGAAGAAUUCAACAGUGAAAAAUUGACAGAUGAAGAAGUAACUGUCACAGAAUCGUGGGUCACUCAAGAAGAUCAUGAAGAAGAAGAGGAAGCUUCUACAGAUGAUGAAGAAACAGACCAUUCGGUGGAUGAAGAUGGGGAGUUUAGUGAUGAAGAUGACAUAAAGACAUAUUUCAAAGAUGAUUACCCCAUACAUGUUUUUCUCACCUUGAAUGAAUUCAGGAGUUCAUUCAUUCUCACUGACCUUACUUUGAGGACAGAGGAUGGGACGAGUUUUUGUGUGCACUCCCCCGUGUUGGCUGCUACCAGCUCACUUAUCUGCGAUAAUCUAAAAAGAAGCAAAGCAGAAAACAAAAGAGCUGAUGAAAGAAAAGAUGAUGACACAUGUGUUGGAGUUCAACGAUGGUCAAUCUCUCUUGGUCCGGAGGUAGAACAUGUUGGGUUAGAGGCGAUUGUGGAGUUUGCCUACACUGGACAAAUACCAUUCUUAAACAAGGAUAAUCUGGAUAAAAUAAAGGCUGCUGCUCAAACACUGGGUGCACCAAGGGUUCUCAAUCUCUGCACUGAGGAAGAAGAGAAGUCCACAAAAACUGGAGGGCAUGAGAAAAGCGAAAGUAUUUCUACUGCACAGCAAAUGAUGAUCAGCCUUCAGUCCAUCAAACAGCUGUGGAUGGACAGAGUGGGAUGUGAUGUGACUCUGGAAGCUUGUGGUGGAUUGCUUCAUGUCCACAGAGUUAUCUUGGCUGUAAGCAGUGAUUACUUCCGUGGCAUGUUCACCUCAGGGAUGAAGGAGUCCCAUCAGCCUUUUGUGACCCUUCCCUUCCUUUUGGCGUCAGAAUUAGAAGUUCUAAUUGGCUGCUCUUACAGUGGCGCUCUCCCUAUGAGCUGGCAGUACAUCUUUGAGCUCACCGGCACUGCCCUUCAGCUUCAGUACCAACCUGCCCUUUCCCUGUGCUAUAAUUUCCUGUGUCAAGAAAUGAAUCCUCAAACUUGCCUGGAUGUGGUAUCUUUUGCCGAGGCCUAUGAAAUGGCACAGCUUCUUGAAGUUGCUGAUGAUUUUGUCCUCCGGCAUUUCCAGAUAGUGGCAUGCACCCCAAAGUUUACGGACCUGUCAGCCAAAAAGCUCUUGAUGUACCUAAACAGUAACUCACUUUAUGUUCCAUCUGAACUUGUUAUAUUUAAAGCAGUGGUGGCUUGGAUCCAAGCAAAGCCCAAGAUAAGGCUCAGACUAGCUCAUGAACUUAUGAAAACUGUCCAGUUUCCCCUGAUGACAUUCAAGGAAUUCAAGGAAGUGCGAUCUCAGACCAUGUGGUCUAAUCCCAACUUGGCAGAACUGUAUGAAAAAAUCUUUGAAGAUUUCUGCUCCAGUGAGACUGCACAGCAUCAGUUCCGCAUCUAUAUGCCAAAAGAGAGUCUCGUUGUGAUUGGAGGUGACCAGAUUUCUGAAGACCUGAGUAGCCGCAACAUCAGCAGAGAACUUUGGUUUGGGAAUUCCCUGAGGAAUCACAUAGGGGUAAAAAAGGCAUUGGAGUGGAGAAAGCUGGGAGAGAUGCCUGAGCCAGCAAGAUUCGGGCAUGAGGUGGCUGUCCUAAAAGGACGAUUGUAUGUGUUUGGAGGCAAGAAGUAUUAUGGCAUUGAUGACACCCUGAAUAAUGUUUGCAGGUAUGACCCAUGUGAAAACAGUUGGGAGUGUCUGGCUGAAAUGCAAGAAAAAAGAUCCUCCUUUUCAGUGGUUGUACUUAAUGAAAAGAUAUAUGCCAUUGGCGGACACAGUGACACCGACCCUAUAGAUAGUGUUGAAAGAUACUGCCCAUCUACAAAUUCUUGGAACUUCACCUCACCCUUGGAUCUGCCUCUGAGCGGGCAUGUAGCAAAAGUUUCCCAAGGACAGAUCUUCAUAACAGGAGGGGGAAAUAAUGAUUACCUCUGUGUUGCAUCCCUGUUUCUGUACCACCCAGAAACAGGAAGCACCUACCUGGCAAACAUGGCUUCACCUCGAGCUCAUCACUGCAUGGAGAUCUUGGGUGAAUGUCUUUAUGUGGCAGGUGGAGUCACCACUGAUGAUACCAUGACUAUUGUUGAUCAGCUAUCUUGUGAAGUGUACAGUCCAGUGGCUAACUGCUGGACCGCCUUUGCAUCUCUGCCAGUGCCGCAUGUUGGAGCAGGAAGCGCCAUUUUGGAGGGAAAGUUUUAUGUGCUGGGUGGAUACAGUCAGGAGGACUACACUGACACUAAGGUGGUGCACCGCUAUGAUCCUGCCAUACAGAAAUGGGAGAACAUGGGAAAGAUGCCCGGGCCAAACAAUGAUAUCUGUGCAUCUCUGCUGUGUUUGCCAAUGCAUUUACGAAUGUAAGACAUGGUAACAAAUCUCAUUAUUAUUCAUAACCACAACAGGAGGAGUUAUCAUUAUAAACUUUAUGAAUUAAGGAGAGAUUGCUAAGAUGAAGAGGAUAAAAAAAUGAACUGGAACCGAUAAUAAUUUACAUUCAAACAAUAUGUUUUGUAGUUUUCUGAAAGUUUUUGUCAAAAUCUUAAUUUUCUUACUUUCAGAUAGUGUGUGUGUGUAUUUUUAAAGUUUCAGCGUUCACUUUAAACCUUUUGGCAUCCCAGUUUCUUGAUCAUAUAACACAAGGUUUAAAUUAGAUAUGAAUUAAAUUGAACUGAACUGUGUGAUAUCAGUUCCAUUCCAGAAUGCAAUAGCAAGGUAUGAUCACAUGAGGGAGCUCUCUGCCUUCCCUGUUGUCUUUAUAGUUGCCAUACUUGCUGGUGGGAUGCUGGUAAACACAGCAGUCAUUGUAAAAACUGUACACAAAAGGUUGUUUUGCAUUUGUUAUUCUGAAGAAGUUUCUCAAAAUUUAUAUUUUCAUUACAUUUUAGUUAAAAUUGAACAACAAUGGACUGAAUUCUUUAAUCAUGUAAGUAUACUAUUGCAUAUUUAGGUAAUAUUAGCCAAGAUCCUUAGAAGCUUGUGCAUAGAUCAGGAGAUUUGACGCCUAAUGCUGCAUUAGCAUUUCAAGACAAUGCUGACCCAUGUAUUUAAAUGUCUACACAGGAAAGAUUAAAAGACAACUGAAGGUUGUGUGGCCAUUUAGAUUAUCAUACACCCAAUCCUUAUCCCACAAUUCUAUGUGCACCCGAUCACCAACAUUGCUGUUGCUGUCAGCGCCGUCUGCUGAAGGGCUGUCAUAGGUUGAAAUUUAUUCUUCACAAGUAUAGCACCCACUGUGUGAGUUUUGUAGCCAUAGGUACUGAAACCGAAGUAGUAGAGAUCAUUCACUGGUGCUGUGAAGAUGCCUGCAACAGAAUAAAGGAAAUAUCUUUUAAUCUUUCUGUCCAGCCAUGUUACAAGGAAACAGUACAGGGGAACUCCAGUGAAUUACAUUUUGUUUCAUAAUCUGGAUGACAGUAUCCAUUUAGUCAUAGUAACAGAAAUGUACACCAGGAUAUUUGCAUUAUACUGGCUUAUACUGUUACACUGAACUGUAUUGUACUAAAUAUAGCAUUCUAAAAGUGA